AUGGAGACAAAGAACCCAAAGACACUGUUGGAUCUCGCUAUACAGAGUCUGCUAAGAAAUGAGUCUGUGGCAAUCCAAGCUCUGGAGGAUAUGCCAAGAGUCUUUUUUGUUCCACUGUUCAUUGCUGCCUUCGAGGGUGGGCAUAAGAAUAUAUUGAUUGAGAUGGUGAAAGUGUGGCCCUAUCACUGUCUCCACAUUGGGUCAUUAACUGUACAGGAGCCUCAACAUGAACUCCUGAAAGCCAUGAUUGAGAAUCUUCCAGUGCGUCCUUCAAGGAACUCUGCUUCUAGGAGACCUAAACUGAGGAUCCUAGAUUUAAGGCAAGACAACGACUAUAGUACCACAUGCUAUGAAGUCAGCAUCAAGGAACCUUUCUGUUUUCAUUCGUGUGCUUAUUCUGACAGCUCUAUCCUGAAAAUAGAAGGGCAGCAUGGUUUCGUAAAUCCAGAGUCCAUGGUUCAGUUCCCCAGGCCUGUAGAGUUACUAGUGGACCUUUCCCUAGAUGGCUCCUUAGUGGAAAAGGAAUUUUUGGUUUUUCUUACAAGUAAAAUUAGGGAGAGUUCAGGGUCUUUGCACGUAUGCUGUCGAGAUUUGCAAGUUGAUAAACUAUGUGACAGCAAAUGCACCCUGAGUUUUCUUGAUCUCAACUGUGUUGGUCAGUUGUCAAUUGAUAUGGGUUCGCUGAGUGAUAUCACAAAUGUCCUGUCUCAGAUGGACCACCUAGAGAGCCUCAGUCUGUCUAAAGUCACUUUUAGAUCUCUGGGUGGGAAACUCUUUAAAAAUUUCCUCAGUCACUUGCGACGUAUGAACAGCCUUAAGGAAGUCAGCUUGUCUUCAUUCUGUCUCACAGGACAUCUGGACAGAGUACUCAGAGUCCUGCCACCUGGUCUGAAUUUCUUGUAUCUGACAUUCUGUGAUCUUUCAUACAGAGAUUUCAGAUUUCUGGCCCAGACCCCUCAGACCUUCCGGCUAAAGCUGCUGAAUCUUAGCAACAACCCAAUGUAUUGGGAUGAUUUUGAGCCUUUUCAAACCCUUCUGGUAAAUCUCUCUGGCACUCUUCGGCAUCUAGAGAUAAAUCAUUGCCUUAUAAAUGAUACUGCAAUCUCUGUUCUUAUCCCUGCCCUGAUUCGUUGUACUCAUCUCCGUGUCCUCUGCUUUGCUUCUAACCCCAUCACAAUGCCUAUGCUUGUGACUAUCAUGAAUAAUUUAACACCCUUGAAGAAUCUAAAAUAUGUGAUUUAUCCCAUCCCUGUACAUUGCUAUGAAAUAUGGCCUUUUCAGGGCAGUAUAGACCAAAGGAAGCUUGCUAUUGUACAACUACAGUUGAAGGUGAUGCUAGCACUUGCAGAGAGGGCUGACAUGAACUGGAUCACUUACUUAGAAUAAAUUUCACAGUCCAACACAGUU